GCCUUGAAUGAGUCCCUGAAGCUCUUGAAGACACAUUCUCCUGAGACAGCCGCGAUGCUCUUCAGCGUGGAUAACGAAGCAGGCAAAAUUACCUGCUUAUGCCAAGUUCCUCAGGAAGUUGCCGGCAAAGGGCUGAAGGCCAGCGAGUGGGUGCAGCAAGUCUCGGUGCUGAUGGACGGCAAGGGAGGAGGCAAAGACCUCUCGGCCCAGGCGACGGGCAAAAACACCGAUUGCCUGGAGGAAGCCCUGCAGGUGGCCACCGAAUUUGCCAACCUGAAACUCAGUGAGUUGAAGAACUGAUCAAACCUGGGAAGGAUGUUCCUUGCCUGCAGGCCAAUAGCUUAGAUGUUCCUUUUAGCGCCAUCGGUGGAGGAGUAGACCAUACGUGGUUGUCCUUCAUUCGUCUGGCACAAACUCCAGGGAUAUGGUUGGAAAAGUCGAUUAUUCAGAUACUUGACGAUGAAACCAGAUCUGUGGCCCUUUGAGCUCCAUCUCCUGAGAAUAGCCAUGCCAUCUCAGGACACCUGCUGCUAAAGGAACUGACCUUCCAGUUGUCACAUAAGUGCGUCCUUCAUUGCAAUGCCACUGUGCAGUUUACAGGGAAUUGUGCAGUCUCCUUCUCAUCUCUAAUUUAAGCACUAAGUUUCGGGGUAUUGUAACGUGAAUAUACGCAGGGACGAGCCUGACCUGCUGUCCUCGCAUUUCUUCUUUCUAACCGUAGAAACCUCUCCCCCCUCAUUGUUUAACCUCCGUUAGAACAAGCCUGCCCUACCUCUGGAAAACUAGGAGGUCAGAGAGGGGCCAUAUAAAUAAAACAAGCAAGAAUCUGUGUAUCGCACAGUGGAAAUAACAAGUGUGUUGUUUUAUUGGAUCGGCGCGUGUCAUGCCUGCAGGGGGCAAGCUUCGGAUUCACACAAUUCGUUCUCCUUUGCAGAAAACAUUGGGGAAAUUAAGCCUUUCCCUAUUGCGUAACAAGAGGUGGUUAAGGAUGAUAGCA